AACUGCGAAAUAUUGCUCCGUCUAUCAUCAGGAACUCCACGGCUAAAUGAGAUAUUUGUUGGGUGAGGAGUGAGGACUGUACGAUGAAAGAUUUCUUCUUACCUCCUACAAACAUAACUUGCUUGUGUGUGGUUUUCAAUCAAUUUUUUUCAAGUUUUUAGUCGAGAGUGGGUUAGAGAUCAUAGUCCAUUUUGAGUAUUUUCCCAUACUCUCCAAUUCUCCACAGUCUUGAUUGAGUCCACCCUCCCCCCAAAAAAUAAAAAUUAUUCUCUCCUCUUUCAUUACCCUUAAGCUAAGUUCAUCCAUUCUUCUGCAACCGCGCAAUUUGUCGUUUUUCUUUACUGGGUUCUUGUUUGCCUGAGAUUUGAGCCUGCAUUCAAAAGGAUGUCUUUUGUUCAGAGUUGUCACAGCUGCCCAACUAGUUUCAUAGACUCGUUGCAGAGCUCACUCUCGAAGUUUCAUGGCAUUCCUAUGCCACUACUUAGGUACAGUUACUCUAGUUCUUUUGGGAGCCGCAAUUACUGCUCAAACCAGAAUUUUAUAUGGUCACUUUCAAUUGAUGAGCAGGGCCUACCAAGGAACUCAAGAUUUCUGCACAGAAAGGAUAAGAUUAGUCAAACAUCAUUGUCUCAGUCAAAUCAAGUUGAUGAGAAUUCUAGUCAAAAAUCAUUGUCUCAGCCAACUAGAACUGAUGGGAAUUCAUCGAGUGCUUGGUUAGAUAAGUGGAAGGAAACCCGUCGAAAGAAUCCUCCAAAACCACCUCGACUGGCAUUGAAUUACAGAAGCAGGGAUAAUAUGCUGAAUUCAUUUAGUUCUAAUGGUCACUCAUCUAGUACCCAUGCAGUUAGCAGUACAAUGGAUAGGAUUGUAGAGAAGCUGAAAAAGUUUGGCUACAUGGAUGAUGCUAAUGAAUAUGAUGAUGACCGAGAAAGGGUAAUUGAGAAAGGGUCAGUUGAGGAUAUAUUCUAUGUCGAAGAAGGGAUGCUUCCUAAUACACAUGGUGGAAUUUCUGAGAAUCUCUCCUUAGGGAUAGAACAAGGAUUUAACGCGGAUGAGGAAGUUCGCUUUCCAUGGGAGAAACCUGUGGCAAAAGUAGAUGAAGCUAAAAAUUCAGUGAAAAUGCGAAGCAGGACUUAUAUGGCUGAGCUUACUCUACCAGAGUCUGAGCUGAGGAGGUUGAGGAAUUUGACUUUGAAAACAAAGCAAAAAUUGAAGAUAGGUGGUGGAGGUGUUACACAAGCUGUGGUGGAUGCAAUAUAUGAGAAGUGGAAAUCCGCAGAAAUAGUGAGACUAAAAGUAGAGGGCCCUCCUGCGCUAAAUAUGAAGCGAAUGCAUGAGAUUCUCGAGAGGAAAACCGGUGGUCUUGUUAUUUGGAGGUCAGGGACAUCUGCUUCUAUAUAUCGAGGAGUGAGCUAUGAAGUUCCUGGGCGGACUUUAAAGAAAAAUAAAGCUCAGGUUACUGGCGGUUUGUUGCUUGAUCAAAAUAUAAGAAAUCCUGUACAUGAUGAUUCUUAUGGUAAUAAACGACAUCCAGAAGAGAACCUCAUAAAAACUGGUGAUGACAAGAAAGAUCCUGAAUCUUUAAUGGAUGUAAAGUAUGAGGACGAGAUAGACAAGUUAUUAUCUGAUCUUGGGCCCAGAUAUAUGGACUGGCCGGGUGAUAGCCCAUUACCCGUAGAUGCUGAUCUGCUGCCAAAUUUAGUUCCUGGAUACCACCCACCAUUUAGAUUGCUUCCUUACGGAGUCAGACGUACUCUUGGAAUGAAGGAGUCUACAUCAAUAAAAAGGAUUGCUAGAACACUUCCCCCUCAUUUUGCUCUUGGCAGAAGUAGACAACUAGAGGGUUUGGCAGCUGCCAUUGUCAAGUUAUGGGAAAGAAGUUCCAUUGCAAAAGUCGCUCUGAAACGUGGUGUUCAGCUUACGACAAGUGAGAAAAUGGCUGAGGACAUCAAGAGGUUGACUGGAGGAAUUCUCCUUUCUAGGAACAAGGAUUUCCUGGUAUUUUACAGGGGAAAGGACUUCUUAUCGUCAGAUGUCACUGAAGUUUUGUUAGAAAGGGAAAGAUUGGUGAAGGACCUUCAAGAUGAAGAGGAGCUGGCACGGACAAGAGCCUCAGGCGCAUUUAUACCUUCUGCCGAGACUAAAGAAUAUCGUGGAGCUGCUGGUACACUCUCUGAAACUUUGGAUGCAAACACCAAGUGGGGAAAGAAAAUUGACGAUCAUGAGACAGAAAAGGUGCUUAGACAAGCUGAAGUAAUGAGGCAUGCCAACCUGGUCAGGAAGCUAGAAGGGAAGCUUGCUUUUGCUGAACGGAAGCUACUGAAAGCAGAAAAAACCUUGUCAAAAGUGGAAGAGUUCUUGAAACCAGCUGAUCAACAGCAGGAUCCUGAAAGUAUUACUGAUGAAGAGAGAUUCAUGUUUAGAAAGCUUGGUUUGAGGAUGAAAGCAUUUCUACUUCUUGGUAGACGUGGUGUUUUUGAUGGUACAGUUGAGAACAUGCAUUUGCAUUGGAAGUACCGUGAGCUUGUGAAGAUCAUUCUAAAGGCGAAGAAUUUUGAAGAUGUAAAAAACAUUGCUUUAGCACUUGAAGCUGAGAGUGGUGGCAUCUUGGUUUCCGUUGACAAAGUCUCUAAAGGUUAUGCUAUUAUUGUAUUCCGUGGAAAAGCUUAUCAUCGUCCUUCUACACUGAGGCCAAAAAACCUCUUGACUAAGAGGAAGGCUUUAGCGCGUUCCAUUGAGCUGCAAAGGCGUGAGGCUCUUUUGAAGCAUAUCGCACAGUUGCAGCGGAAUGUGGAGAAAUUAAGAUCUGAAAUUGAGCAUAUGGAUAUGAUAGAAGAGAAAGACCAAAAAGAUGCAGAGUUUUAUGACAGUAUAGAUGCUGCUUAUUCUACAGAAGAUGAGGAUAUAGAGGCGGAAGGAGAUGAGGCAUACCUCGCAACCUACAACGACGAGGGUGAUAACGAGCAUGAAACUGAAAGUUUUAGCGAUACUUCUUAUUACUAGAAAUUUCCAGUCAAUAGAAAGAGCAGAAGAAACAACGGUCAAGAGUAGGUAGAACAUGAGACGGUUGGCACAUCUCUGUGAGGCGUGGUGGUCCAUGAGGUGAGUGCGAGAAUGUAAUGUCUCGUGGCGCGUCGAGUUGCAUCACGGAGAGAGCACCUGUAUAUGAUUGUGAAAUUGAAGUAGGGCACUAGAGAUCAUGCAGAUCGGACACAGAAAGAGUGUACAGAGUCAAGCAGCAUAGGAGGGAGCUGAUUACCAGUUUUAUGUUAAUGUAAUUAUCUAAAUAGAUGCUACUAACUAUUUUCACUUUUUAUGCUAUUGUUAGCAAUACUCAUGCAUUUGUAUCAAAGUCAAAAAAAGCCGACAAAAAAACCUAGCGAUGGAGGCUAGGAAAAUCCCUGUUACGGAGAAACCCUAGAGGAAACGAAGGUACCAAAGUCAAGAAACAAGAAUGGUUCAGGCCUACAACCCGAAAGUACUAAGGUCGAUGAUAUCCUCAUCAUCACCGUUAUGUUGGGGAACAUGUCCAUCAUUGUUAGGUUCAUGUGUAGGAACGUCCAUUGCUAUCCCAUGAUGUUCAUUGAAAUUGUUCGUAUUACUUUCCUCUAUUAAGUAGUAAGUUGCUUUUCUUUUGUUGAU